AUGAGCCGACAUUCCCACUUCCAGUCAGGUCGAGAGCCCCUACAAGACCAAAGUGACCUGGAAUUACGAAGAUCCCAUGUUUCGGGUCCUGUACAUUUCUUGAACCCCACCUGGGCACACUACACAGUAACUAGACAACCUCAAACGAAAGCCCCAGCACCUGGAGAAGCCCAGCCCCAUCCACCCAUCGAGCAUCUCUGGCGAUCGCGAGAUAACAGAAAAGGCCGACAUGCCCUGCGCGUCGAUACCAAGGCCAUUCCCCAGGAGACAGGGUACACAGCUCCACCGGUGACACACAGCACCUCCGCAAUAUCCAAAGGCAUUCUCCGCAUGCUGACAUCCGUACCCUACUGGGACGUGUCGUAUCUGGUAGCGAUUACAUUCACCAUUGGCUCCAUGAUCUGGAUCAUCAACGCCUUCUUUGUCUGGCUACCGCUUGAAGAUCCGCAGACUACCUUCUCGGGUGAAACGCUAACAGGGGGUGGCGUGUCGGCCUUUAUCGGUGCGACUGUGUUCGAGAUCGGAAGUGUGUUGUUGCUAUUGGAAGCUAUCAAUGCUAAUCAGACGGGUUGUUUUGGCUGGGCGCUAGAGUCUGUUCUGUCGAAGACGACGUCCGAGGAGGAUGAGGGUCAUGCGCAUACGCCUGCAUCUACGAAGAUCAUGCCGACUAUACAAGAGUGUCGGCAUCACCAUGCGAAUCGGAGGUCGCUCUUUUUUGCAAAGCAUGCUCAUCCUUCUGACAGUCGUCAUGAGGAUUUAGCGGAUUAUCCUGGUUAUGUUACUUCAUCGCCUGAUGGGAGGUCAUUCCGAUGGGUACCGUCCUUGUCGGAAUUGCGCUCACAUUACUUCCAUGAACUGGGGUUCUUGGCGUCUUUGAUUCAGUUCCUUGCUGCAAGUAUCUUCUGGAUUGCCGGACUUACUGGUCUUCCUGGUAUCUACAACCAUAUGAGCCAAGGUGUUGCCGAUGGCGUAUACUGGGUCCCUCAGAUUGUCGGUGGCAUGGGUUUCAUUCUGAGUGGAUUACUGUUCACCCUUGAGACCCAAUCUAAGUGGUACCGACCCGCAUGGCAUGUUUUGGGUUGGCAUAUCGGUGUGUGGAAUUUCAUUGGUGGUAUCGGUUUUACUCUAUGUGGUGCACUCGGGCCAGCGAGUAUGCACUCCGGGGUCGAGUACCAGGCUACGCUUGCUACUUUCUGGGGCUCGUGGGCCUUUAUGAUUGGGUCUACGAUCCAAUGGUAUGAGAGUCUACAGAAGCAUCCCGUGGAGCGGAAGUAA